ACCUGACCCAAUGCAGGGUCCUGGACCCCCACUCCUUUCCUAGACCCCACCAGGUUUCCCUGGGUGUCGUGCGCCUUGGGGGCGAGUGUGCAGAUGCUAGCCUCAGCCUGCUUCCGGGGCCUCUGGUGGGAGGGAGGGUGCUCCGUGCUCUCCUGCGUCCCUCCGAGCCUGUCACCACGCUCUGUAUCUGUGGAACUGAGGGGUGUCCAGAACUGGAGGGAUGAGAUGCCAGCGAGGGGCAGCCUGGAGCCCCACGGCCUCCGGAAACCACUGAUGGGGCAGUCAGCAGCGGACCGGGGUCCUGCCAUGAGCUUCCCCUGGACUGAGGCCUGGGGCUGGGUGCUCUCAGAGAAGGGUGGAGGUUCCAGAACGUUCCCAAAGGCCUGGCUGCUGUGUGGCUGCGGGCUGGUGACCGACAGGCUGCCUUCUCCAGGCAGGGACUGAAGCCAGGUCCCCUGCCUCGGGCUCCUGAGUAAUGUCCCGCGUUUUUCUGUUUGUGAGUCUGGCCCCUGACACCAGUGGUUCUGACAGAAGCCCCCGGGGGUGACGCAGCCGCAGCACGGCUUGCCCAGUGCCUCCCCGCUCCCCGCUCCCUGCUCCCGUGGUCGGCCCCAGAGGCUUCCUCAGGCCUGACCACCCCGCCUUGGGCCGCCCGGGCCAGCCCACGCUCCAGGAGACACCCAAGGGACACAAAGGGCAGACGGCCGCGCUGUACCAGCUGCCCCCGACGGCUUCACGCACCUCCAGGGGAGGACUCGGGGUCAGGACGUUGCACCGCGCAGCUGCACCAGCAGGCUGGCCCGGCCCCGCCCAACCUGGCCACAACAAGGAAGAUCGCUUCUGGGAGCGCACCUGGGCAGGUGCCGCCAAGACCAGUGACCGACCCCAGGCCCCCAUGGACACACGGGGACCGGAAACCUCCGGCUUAGACACCCUGCAGGAUGCGGCAGAAAAUCUGUUUCAGCAACUUCAAGAGCAUUUUCAAGCUCUGACUGCAACACUGACCCUCAGGGUGGAAGAAAUGGGACAUCGCAUCGAGGACCUACAGAAGAACGUAACGGACUUGAUGGUGCAGGCUGGGAUUGAAAACUCUGUCAAAGAACAAAUGGAGAAUUGCUCGGGAACUUAGUCGUGCUGGUGCCAGGGAGCACAGAGAGAAACCCCAGCCUGUGGACUGAGGACCCGGAGCUGGAGCCAGCCUGCCUCAAGCUCACCGUCGGCUCAGAGCUCGCCUGGACAGCACUCCCCUCUACUGCUUGGCCCUGCAAAUACAGCCUUUCUUCUCCCCAACUCAGGGUCAGAGUGGUCUUUGUGUGCUCAGGACAGUGAGCCUGCCUUCUCAGCAUCAGGGCCACCAGGUUUUUAUUUUAAACAUUUAUUUAUUUGAAAGGCAGAGUUACACAGAGAGAGAGAGAGAUCUUCCAUCUGCUGAUUCACUCCCCAAAUGGCUGCAACAGCCAGAGCUGGGCCAAUCCGAAGCCAGGAGCCAGGGGCUUCUUCCGGGUCUCCAACAUGUGUGCAGGGCCCCAAGCGCUUGGGCCAUCUUCACCACUUUCCCAGGAAAUAGCAGAGAGCUGGAUCAGACGUGGAGCAGCCGGAACUUGAACCGGUGCCCAUAUGGGAUGCCGGCACUGCAAGUGGAGGCGUGGCCCACUAUGCCACAGUGCUAGUCCCCAAAAUGUAAAUUUUUUUAAAUAAAAAAUUUAGAAAUGAAGACAUCAGAAUGCUUCCAUGAAAUAGAAGACUUUUCUUCUGGUUAAACACUCUUACUUUAAUAGUCCUUAUUUAAAGAUACACAGCCGGGAGCCGGCGCUGUGGCUUAGCAGGUAAAGCUGCUGCCUGCAGUGCUGGCAUCCCAUAUGGGUGUGGGUUCAAAUUCCCGGCUGCUCCACUUCCAAUCCAGCUCUUUGCUGUGGCCUGGGAAAGCAGUGGAAGAUGACCCAAGUCCUUGAGUCCCUGCACCCGGGUGGGAGACUCGGAAAAAAACUCCCGGCUCCUGGCUUCGGAUCGGUUCAGCUCUGGCCAUUGCAGCCAGUUGGGGAGUGAACCAGCGGAUAGAAGACCUCUCUCUCCUCUCUCUGUGUAACUCUAACUUUCAAAUUAAUUAAUAAAUACUAAAAAAAAGUUAUACAGCCUUAGAGUAGAUUAUUACAAAGUUUAAGCAGUUUAUUGGUAAUCUACUUAAGUAAAAAGUUAAUUCAAUGUCAAAUGCUAAAUUCAUAUACCUGUGAUUUAAGCCUCAUUUAGCACAAGGCCAUGAAACUACGGAAACACAAAUCCUAGUAGUAAGGUGAGCACAGCUCCCAGAGGUUGCCAGUUCUCCAGUUUAACUAAACACACACCUGACUUCCUGUGUCAGAGCACUGCACACCACUCAACAUGCAAACACGGACACACUCCGUGUGCAAGCACAGCCACGGAUAAACACAGACACACUCCGUGUGCAAGCGUGGCCACGGAUCAACACGGACACACUCCGUGUGCAAGCGCGGCCACAGUUAACACGGACACACUCCCAGACUCUGAGCUCCCCCUGAUCUUUCAGUCCCUCCAAACCCCCUUCUGCGCCUGGCCCAGAAGACCUUUCAGAAUAAAAUCCUUCCUCAGCGCCCGCCCCCUGCAGCUCCGCCCACGUCUGAAUCAUUCCUUGGGACCAGCUCCCUGUGUUGUGGGCGGGUCAGACGAGUUCUCUGGUCUCAUGGCACUCUAUCUGCUGUUGGGAAUCUGUGAAUGAUUUUCAGGGUUUCAAAAACGCUCUGCUCUCGUUCACAUGCCUGUUGCUUGUGGGAGAGGUUGAAGCUGUGGCCAGAGAGAAGACAGGAGCCAACACAGUGGCUGUGGAAGACAGUCGGAAGUCUUCACAGUUCUCCUGCUGACUGUCCAAGGGGAGCCGCAUCAGGAAACUGUUCAUGUUCUUCACUUUUGAUGAUAAUCAUAAAAGUGCCACAAAAGAAGUCCAGGGUCAUGACCGCCAUCAUGAGUGACACAGGAAGUUCAUGGCCAGCUAAUGACUUCCGAGGAAACAGCCACCCAUGUCCUCCACCCUGGGACAGCAACAGUGCGCAAGACAGAAACUGUGGAAACGGAGCCAAUGCACAAGCCCACACCGAUAUCACCUCUGUAUCUGGAUUCAGAACUUAUCUCGGUGGUGGCAAGACAAGUGGCUUUGGCAUGAUUUACGACUCCAAGGGUUAUGCAAAGACAAAUGAAUCCAACACAGACUUGCAUGGCCUAUGUGGGAAGACUCCAAGGAGACAGCAAGGAGCAAGAACAGGAGGGAGGCCCAGGAGGCUGUCAAGGCCACAGGUGCUGGCAGAGUGAACUGGAGGGGCCGUGCUGUGGCACAGCAGGUGAGCCGCCACCUGCAGUGCCGGGAUCCAGUCCCGGCUGCUCCACUUGCAAUCCAGCUCCUUGCUAACGCACCUGGAAAGGCAGCAGCUGAUGGCCCAAGUACUUGGGCCUCUGCCACUCAGGUGGGAGACCUGGAUGGAGCCGCAGCAGUUGCAGCCAUUUGGAGAGUGAACCAGCAGGUGGAAGAUCUCUGUCAGUCUGCCUUUCAUAUUUCUUUAAAAAGUGAGCUGGAGGAGCCAGCACUGUGGCAUAGUGGGUCAAGCCCCAGCACCAGUAUCCCCUGUGAGUGCUGGUUUGUGUCCUGAUGCACUUCUGAUCCAGCUCCAUGUGUGGAAAAGCAGCGGGCCCGUGACCUACGUGGGAGACCCAGCUGGAGUUCCUGGCUUCAGCCUUGCCCUGGCCAGGCCAUCGGGGGAGUGACCCAGCAGAUGGAAGAUCUCUUUUUCUGUGAUUUUUUUCAAAUAAAUCUUUGGGGGAAAAAAAAAAGUGAGCUGAAGAUUGGGGAACAGCAGAGUAGAUUCUGCAGUGGAUCUACAGUGAUCACGUGAUCUUCUCGUGGGGACUGAUACACCAUAAAAACUUAGAAAAAAGAAUGCUAGGGGGAGAUGCAUUCUCAAAGCUGUUAAUAAAAGUCAUGUAGAAGUUUUUUUUUUUUUAAAUAAAGAUUUUAUUUACUUAUUUAUUAGAGAGGUAAAGUUACAGAGAGAGGGAGGCCUUCCAUCCGCUGGUUCACUCCCCAAAUGGCCGCAACGGCCGGAGCUGCACCAAUCUGAAGCCAGGAGCCAGGAGCUUCUUCUGGGUCUCCCUCGUGGGUGCAGGGGGCAAGGACUUGGGCCAUCUUCUGCUGCUUUCCCAGGCCACAGCAGAGAGCUGGAUCGGAAGAGGAGCAGCCGAGACACAAACUGCCACCCAUAUGGGAUGCCAGCACUGAAGGCAGAGGCUUAGCCCACCAUGCCACAGCACUGGCCCUCAAGAGGCAGGUCCUCAUGUACUCAUUCUAUUUUUCUUUCCAAAUUUGCACCUACAUUUUGCUAAGAAACCCAGAGAGUGCAUCUUGGCCCUGGGUAUGGUUCCUUAAGGUGUGUGUGGAUGGUAGCGAAGGGCUCCACUGGUGCAAUCAGAAAAACGCAGCCCCCUGUGGACACGUGGUUUCACAUCUGUUCCCCUAGUUCACCUGUCCACAGCUGUGGCUCUCACUCACUCACCACCGAGCAGCAGUCGUUUGAAUUAAUCUAUUUUCUAUUUGACUACUUGUUUCCAAACAAUGCUGCAACACACGCUCGUGCCCACCUCCUUGUGUGUGCAUGCCUGUCUCCAGGACCCGAGUUCCUACCGUCUGGAACCCAGGCUUACAGCCCCGCCAGCUCCUUCCCAGAGCCCCGAAGCAACGGGGAGCAGACGAGGCGAGGGCAGCCAUCAGGUCAGCGUUCAAGUGCACAUCCUCUGCUGCUACUUAAACUUGGGGCAAUCUAAGCUUUAGUCUCUGUCUCUGCUAAGCAUCUACCUGGUAGGCGUUGAAGGAUUUGUGGAAUUGACUUGCAAUUUGCUUGCUUUCAAGCAAAAGGCAAGGUAGCAUGUGAAGAUGUGGCUCACGUCUGAGCCCUGGGCGGAGCAUCCAUGCACAGCCCAACCUACUUUUGGGGGGGAGGGGCUCUGCAGAGGUGACUAAGACUCAACGUGGUUGUGGGUUGGGGCCCUGAGCUCAUAGGACAAUGGGCCCGGAGAGUCCCUCGCUCCUGUGGGGCUGUGCAGAGGCGCCCACACCCUCACCAGACACCUCACUAGCUGGAACCUCGGCCUGGCACUUCCAGACCCCAGAACUGGGAAGAACCCUGUUACUUACAAUGCCCAUCCAUGGUGCUCACCCAGUGACAUGUCUACAAGAAACUUAGACAUGGAAGCCACACUAACAUGUGACCCACACCCCCUGGGAACCUCCCAUGGACAGUUCAGCGGUCCCCACACAGCCAUGCACCCACCACCCACCUCAGACACCCACCCAUCUCUUCCAGCUUGGGCAACCCUGAACUCACAGGCUCUGCAUCUUCCCACAGCGGGGUGGUCUCAGGGUUCGUGCAAUUGGUAACAUCCAACAGCACGGUUAAACCGCCGGUGGACAGUCUCUUCAGCACAGCUGUGUGGACUCAGGUGCUCAGUUCUCUGGGCUCCCACCUAGGGUCCAGAGGCAGCACCAGGUCUGAGGCCCUGUCUGACCAUCCUACAGCACCCCCAGCAGGGCAGCAAGGCCCCGAUUCCUCCAUGUUCCCAGCACCCCUCACUCUGGUGGCUGUGACACCAUGCAAGGGCCUAUACUCCUCAUUGUACAGAAAAAUGGAUGAGAGUAAACCACAGGCUUGCACAUUUGUAUGUACAAAAUUUCCCAUUAAGCAUUCCUUGUUUUAACCACCUCACCCUAACAACAGCACUACAUAUGUACCCACAAGCACAGCCUCACAGGUGUGAACACGUUUACAAGGUACUACUUACCAACAGGCACUGCUUCCUGUGUUAACACGUGUGUACGGAGAGCAGCCAAGGCAACUGCCCAGUUAGAAGAGCCUGGGUCUGAAGCCAGACAGAGGCCGCAGGGCACCAGGGUGCGCACGCCCUCUCAUGUCACAGCGUGAACGCACACCGUGGAAGAGAAACAGGCUGCAGGAAAGACACCUUUUCCAUUUUUUUUUAAGAUUUAUUUAUUUAUUUAUGUGAAAGGCAGAGAGGGAGGGAGGGAUAGAAAUGGGGAUCUCCUGUCCGCUGGUUCACUCCUCAAAUGCCCACACCAGCUGGGGCAGCGCCAGAUUGACGCCAGGAACCAGGGACUCCGUCUGAGCCUCCACAUGGUGGCAGGGGCCCCAACACCUGAGCCAUCCACUGCCUUCCCAAGGGCACUAGCAGGAAGCUGACCAGAUGCAGCGUAGCCAGGGCUCGAGUGCUGCGGGUGCUGCCUUAGCCCGCUGGGCCGAAGGCCUGCCCUGAAAGGGACUUCACCAUGCGGACAGGACACAGUGUGCCUGAGGCCGUGACGACAGCGCUGCCAGCCCCUGUGGGGAGAGCAGCAUUCUGGACGAGCCUCAGGACCGCACACUGCAGCCCCACCCAGCAACAGGUCAGCCCAGACGCAGUCAGUGGCGGGAGCUCGUGCUGGGGCAGCUGGGGCAGGUGGGCCGCCGUCCAUCGUGGCUGUGUCCUUACGGAGGCGCGCAGGAGGAGGCACCAGGAGCCAGGCAGAAGACCCUGUGCCACGGCCUCAGACAGAGCCCAGGCUGCCCCGUGGGCUUCCUGCCUCCACAGCUGGACACAACAGCGCCUUCCGCAGACGGCUAAGCACGCGGAGCAGGACGGCCGGCUGGGCGCUGCAAAGAGCUCCAGGCCUCGGGCGCGGCUGUUUCCCAAGGCCUGAGGCGCUCUGCACCAUCCCCGCGCGGGGACGGCCCCAUGGCUUCGCCGAGGCUCAGUACCGGUACUUGGUGGAGUAGUCCUUGGGAGACACAACCAGGCCGCGGCCCUUGCGGGCACCGCGGUACACGGUCUCGGUGAUGUCUACCAUCUCCUGCUUGUCCUCCAUGGCCCAGUUGAUCUUGUUGUUGUUGCCGGUGCCCAAGUCAAUCAUGAUGUGCUUGUUCCUG